AUGACAGAACCCGAGACCCUGGCCCUGCUGGAAGUGAAGGGGCCCGAGGCCCUGGAGAAAAGCCCACCCCAGGCUUUGGUCCCCAAUGGCCGGAAGCUGGAAGCGGAAGAUGGGGUUGAGUCCCCUGGAGCUGAGUCCUCCAGAGCGGGAUCUUCAGCUGGGCCUCCCACAGCCGGAGAGGGGACGGAGGAUGGUCUAGACAGCACAGUAAGUGAGGCUGCCACCUUGCCCUGGGGGACUGGCCCCCAGCCCAGUGCCCCGUCCUCAGAUCCCCCUGGGUGGAGGAACAUUGAGCCUGAGUCCCUUGAGCCGCAGCCACCCACCAAGCUAGAGGAGUUGCACGAAGAUGACGCCAGCCUGCUGCCCGAGAAGGUGGCCCGGGCCUUCGUGCCCAUCGACCUACAGUGCAUUGAGCGGCGGCCCCAGGAAGACCUCAUUGUGUGCUGUGAGGCCAGUGAGGGUGAGCGCCGCCAGACCUUCCUGCCCACCCGGGCCACCCACCCUGAGCCCCCGGAGCGCAAGUGGGCCGAGGCAGUGGUGAGGCCGCCUGGGAACUCCUGUGGGUGCUGCAGGGGAUGCGGAAGCCAUGAGGGGCUGAAGGCCAUGGCCUCGGUGGGAGCCGCCCUCAUCCUCUUCCCCUGCCUGCUCUAUGGGGCAUACGCCUUCCUGCCCUUCGAUGCCCCGCGCCUGCCGACCAUGAGUUCCCGCCUCAUCUACACGUUGCGCUGCGGGGUCUUUGCCACCUUCCCCAUUGUACUGGGGAUCCUGGUGUACGGGCUGAGCCUGUUGUGCUUUUCUGCCCUGCGGCCCUUUGGGGAGCCACGGCGAGAGGUGGAGAUCCACCGGCAAUAUGUGGCCCAGUCGGUCCAGCUCUUCAUCCUCUACUUCUUCAACCUGGCCGUGCUUUCCACCUACCUGCCCCAAGACACCCUCAAACUGCUCCCUCUGCUCACUGGUCUCUUCGCCAUCUCCCGGCUGAUAUACUGGCUGACCUUUGCCGUGGGCCCCUCCUUCCGAGGCUUUGGCUACGGCCUGACAUUCCUGCCCCUGCUGUCCAUGCUGGUGUGGAACCUCUACUAUAUGUUCGUGGUGGAGCCUGAACGCAUGCUCACUGCCUCCGAGAGCCGCCUGGACUACCCUGACCACGCCCGCUCAGCCUCAGACCACAGGCCUCGCUCCUGGGGCUAA